CCAACCAUUGUGAGGACUAACAUGCUGAUCCGAAGCAUGGGACCAAUAUCGGAGCUGGAUAUGGACUACUCUAUGGACUGCUACUUCCGACAAUACUGGCGCGACUCACGACUCAGUUUCCUGGGCCCCAUCAAGAGUCUGAGUCUGAGCAUCAAGAUGCUGGAGCGCAUCUGGCGGCCCGACACCUACUUCUACAACGGCCAGAACUCGUACGUCCACACCAUCACCGUGCCCAACAAGCUGCUGCGCAUCUCGCAGGACGGGGACAUCCUCUACUCAAUGAGACUGACUAUCAAAGCUAAAUGUCCGAUGGAACUAAGGAACUUCCCUAUGGACAGACAAUCUUGCCCUCUUAUCCUUGGCAGCUAUGCUUACACGACGAGGCACCUGGUGUACCAGUGGCAGUCGGAGGGCAGCGUCAGCUUCGUGGCCGGCAUGGCGCUCUCCCAGUUCGACCUCAUGGGGAACCCGCAGAGGAACCUCACCUACAAGCGCCGAGAAGGAGAAUUCUCCGUCCUCCAAGUGAACUUCAAUCUCCAGCGGCACACAGGCUAUUUCCUGAUACAAGUCUACGUACCUUGCAUCCUGAUAGUGGUUCUCUCGUGGGUAUCCUUCUGGAUACAUCGAGAAGCAACUAGUGAUAGAGUUGGACUGGGUAUCACCACCGUGCUGACGCUGUCCACCAUCAGCCUGGACAGCCGGACCGACCUGCCCAAGGUCCGCUACGCCACGGCGCUCGACUGGUUCCUCUUGAUGAGCUUCUUCUACUGCAUAGCCACCCUGCUCGAGUUCGCAGGGGUCCACUACUUCACAAAGGUUGGUAGCGGUGAAAUUCCCGUGGACGAAGAAGAAUGGGAAGAUAUUGAGGGGCCCUUCGAAGAGACCUUCUCACCAUCACCGGAGCCGGUAGAGAACAGUCCGGCUAUGCGCACCGGCCGCAGACGCAGCUCGCUCAUCUGCCCGAUCUACAACGACCCGCCCAGCUACGGCAUGUCGCGCUCGCCUUCGCCGGCGGUGGGCGCGUCGGCGGCUGCGGCUGCGGCGGCCGUGCCGCUGCACGUGCACUCCGGGCCCGCCGGCCACGGCGGCCGCGCGCCGCUGUCGCGCGUGACGCGCCACACGCAGACGGAGCGGCGCGUGCCGCGCUGGCGCCAGCUGCUGUACUGCCUGGCGGGCGACGACGCCUUCCGGCGCCAGCGGCAGCGAGAGGCCGCACAGCGAGCCAGGGACGCCGCGGCGCCGCGCCACGUCAACAGCGUCUCGCAGAUCGACCGCGCGGCGCGCGUCCUCUUCCCCGCCUCGUUCGGCCUUCUCAACGUCUGCUACUGGCUCGCCUACUACACCUACCAGGAGGAGUUCCAGUGGGACGACGCGGCGCUGCCCUCUGCCAAGCUCUAG